AUGUCCCUCCAACAUACAAUUUCACACUCCACAAUUGGAAAAUUAAAUUGUGCAAUUUUAACACCAAACAAUAACAAGGUGGACUCGGUAUUGAUAUGGAUGCAUGGACUGGGUGAUAAUUAUCGAGGAUUUUCCAAUUUAUUUAAGAACAUUUUACCUCCUUCCAUGUUGGCAAUUAUUCCAAAUGCUCCCGUUAGAACCAUAACUGUAAAUAAUCAAAAGAUGAAUGCAUGGUUCAAUGUGAAAAAGAUUGGCUCUACUGAUUGGGAUAGGGAUGGAAUUUUAGAAUCAAAGAAUUUAAUUGAUGAAAUUAUUCAAUUACAAAUCAGUGACAACAAUAUUCAACCAAAUAGAAUCAUUGUUGGUGGUUUUUCACAAGGAGGUUCUAUGAGUAUUUUAGUUGGAUUGAGAAGUAAAUACAAGUUGGGAGGUAUAAUUUCUACCUCUGGAUUUGUUACUCUCUACAAGGAUGAUGAAACAUUCAAGAAUAGUAAUAGAUUUAUUCCAAUUCAUAUUUUGCAUGGAGAUUCAGAUCCUGUUAUCAAGUUUGAUUUUGCUAAUAUUGGUUUUGAAUACUUGAAAACCCAAGUCAAGGUUGAAAAUAUGAAAACUAAAAUCUACAAUGGUGUUGGUCACUUUGUUUCUGAUGAGGAAAUUAAGGAUUUGAGUCAAAUCAUUCGAAAUCUUCAUCUCUCUGACCAAAGUCAAUCCAACCAAUCGAACACAACCAUCCAUCGUGAUGAAUUAUAA